AUGGUGGGUGGUUACCAUGCUCGCGCAGAUGUGCUCGUGGAAUCAGACGAAUCCUCGGACGACAAUACGAUGGAUGGAGACGAUAUGGAUUGUUCGUUUCGUCAUCGAGCGUUGUUGACAUCCGACGAAGCGUUUGACAAGGCAUUUCGAGAGACGGAUUUGGAAGACAUUGAAGAAGAGCGGAAUUUGUACGGAGAGCAACAUGCUGUCUUGACCAAGUCGGCUUUGGCGGGUCUUUUACAAACUACGAAUACAACGACUAGUAGUUCUACAAAGAAGACUUCUUCCCACUUGACCACUACAAUGGAAGAAGACUAUCCCAUGGAAUCACAUCCGCGCAACAUUGACGGCUUCACAAUCAUUGCGUUCCUCAACAGCGGCAGUGGCGGAGGUCAAGGCGCCACAAUCUACCAAGACUUGGCGCGCUUGCUGACACCCGAUUGUGUCUUUGAUUUGCGCAAAUGUUGUCAAGGCGGUCGCAUGCCAGAAGACUUGUUGUUGCAGUAUGCGCGGGAUCCCUUCGUACGAGUCUUGGCAUGUGGCGGCGACGGGACGAUGGGAUGGAUUGAAAGUGCCAUUGACAAAGUGUGGAGGACCAUUUUGGGCAAUAAUAAUGGAGAUGUCCAAGAGACACCCUACGCCACGCAUUUGCCACUGGCAUUGAUGCCUCUGGGAACGGGCAAUGAUCUAGCGAGGACAUUUGGAUGGGGCAAAUCGUACAAGAGCAGUAUGCGCAAACAACGACACUUGUCCAAAAUUGCUCAAGCCGCUCCAUCGAUUCUGGAUCGAUGGCGAUGUGUCAUUAUUCCAGAUGCCAAAUUGGACGAAAAGGCAAAGUCGUGGGUUCCAAAAGUAUUGGCAGAGACCACCACUUCGCUGUCCUUUAAUAAUGACUCUUCCUAUUCCUCCUCUCAUCCUCAGCAAGACACUUCCGAUCAUCAAGACCAUAGCGGCAAUCGUCACAACAAGAUGAUGACCAACAACUCCAACAAUUCCACAAGACCCUCCAAUGCUAGUACCAUGGCACUCCUCGAAGGCAUGUUCAGAGAUGCGUCCAUAAAAGAAGAGCCAUUGCCACAACUGCAACCUCAUCAACAACCACAUCCACAACAAGACUGUCCCAGCAGUAGUAUGGAACUCGACAACAAUGACCCCGGAGUACAAGUCUUUGAUGGCGUCUUUUGCAAUUACAUGUCCAUUGGAUUCGAUGCCGAAAUUGCCUUUUCGUUUCACAAGGAACGAGAACGAUAUCCACAUCGAUUUCAUCAUCCAUUCAAGAAUAAACUCGUCUAUGUCAAGAAGGCCCGCAAGGCAUUGCUGUCACCCAAACUCCACGAUAAAGUCAAAGUACUCGUGGCCGAUAAGGACAAUGGCAAUAAAUUGCGAGAAUUGGCCGUCCCCAAAAAUUGCAAAUCCAUUCUCAUACUCAACAUUCAAUCGUAUGCUGGCGGCAAUCAAUUGACACGCGUCAACGAUGGUAUUUCCUACGACGAUGGACUCAUUGAAGUCAUUUUUUGUUCUGGAGUCGUCCGCAUGGCCGCGGCCGCCGUCAUUCCUCUCCUCAAAUGCCAAGUCGCCGCACAAUCCAAUCGCGUUUGUAUUCGAACGUCGCAACCACUCCAUUGUCAAGUCGAUGGAGAACCCUGGUUGCAAGACAAGGGAUUCUUUCAAAUCAGUUACUCGUCCAAAAAUGCUUUUCUUACCAAACAAAAGCAAAAGCGAAAACACAGCAGCAAACGAACCAAACAACAACAACAACCUUGGAAUUGCAUGACCGCCGGCUCUGCGAUUGACACCAGUCGACACGAGAAAAAUGACAACCAACAUGCCGUCGUGGUGUAG